GAACCCCAUCCGUCGGCGGCCUAGAAUUCAUCAGCUGUUUCAUCCUACGACUCUCCCACCUCGCUGCUUGCUUCCGUGCCUACGCCGCCUUCGUCAGUGCGCAGUAUGAUCUCCAGGUAUCACUCCAUCGCGAAUAUUUAUCCCGCAAGGUCCCUCGGGAACGACAAGCUGGAGUCAGACUUCCCAUAUUUUAUACGUCUCUGUGGGAACGUCGGAGCGCGGGCUGCCGUCCAUACUUGCCCGGGAUCACUAUAAUUUCUCGUUCUCGUGUACUUCUUUUUUCAAGGCUUCCUACCAGUCCAGCUUCCAUCAUCGCACGCGGAGUCCUUUCCCGUUCCCUGCAUUGACAAGUGAGCCGUUCGGAACGGAAUUUCGUUGAAGACUGAGCAGAAGUCGCUCAUGAGUCGCAGCAUAAUUCCGUAACAAUGUGCAUGUUGGCCUUGCGAGAAAGAUCCAACGUUCCAUGUUUGGCAUCCUGCUUCUGAGGCGGUCCGAGUCAGUCUUAUAAAGGCGGCGUUGGCGCUCCUCCCUUUGGCAUUGCGCACGGCGGACCGGAACCCUUCAGCCAUGAUGAACGUAGCUCUGGCCACUGCCCUGUCCUUGGCUGCCGGGGGCCUAGCUUGGCUCACCGAUCCUUUCCAGGUCUAUGACAACGGGACGUAUGGGCCCCCACUGCAGGUGGAGCACUUGUUCUACGAUCAGUGGCCAACUGGAUUGAGCGUUGCUUCCAAUGGAGCCAUCUACGCCAACUUCCCGACCGCUGUCAACCAGACGAACACCCAAUACACCGUCGGCGUCGUGACGAGCUACACUACUGAAGCGGCCUUCCCCUCGGUCGAGUACAAUCAACCUCCCGGGGGCUUCCUGAACCCAUCGAACCCUGCUUUUGGGUCGGCCGACCCCGAUCAUCUGAUCAGUGUACAGAGUGUGGUCGUCGAUGCUCUCGAUCGCGUCUGGGCUCUGGACACCGGGAGGCCAUUAUAUAACGGCGCGCAGGUCCUUGCCACAGUGCCGGGUGGUCCGAAGCUGGUUGGGUUCUACCAGAACGGGACGAGGUUUGCGAACUAUGUUCUGCCAAUAACUACCGCGUACCCCGACACAUACCUCAACGAUGUGAGGUUCGAUCUCCGGCCAUCUACCCUUCCAUCUGGGCAGGGCGUAGCGUACAUCACUGAUUCGAGUGACGAGGGUCGCAGUGGAAUCAUUGUCAUUGACCUCGGCACGGGGAACUCCUGGCGACACAUCGACUCCCAGCCCUACACCCGCGGUGACCAGGGCUUCAUCAGUACGUACGACGGUCAGGUAUUCCAACCCAUCCGCCAAGGCAAUCCCAACCCUGGUACCUACUCCCACCUGACCACCGGUAGCGAUGGUAUCGCGCUCAGCGCUGAUGGUGCCUACCUCUACUUCUCCCCCUUGUCGUCUCGUCGCCUCUACCGCGUCCCGACGUCCUACCUUCUGGUCCAGCCGAGUGGUGCUAACCCCAAUGCAGCCAACGCCGCUAUCGCUGCAACUCAGUACCUCGGCGAAAUGGGCGGCAGCCACGCAGACGGCAUGGAGACGGACGCAUCCGGCGUCAUCUACAUCGGUGCACCCGAGCAGGACGGUAUCACCAUGUACCAUCCUGACCUGGGGAUGUGGAUGCCGUUCGUGCGCGACCCAAGGAUCCAGUGGCCGGACACCUUAUCCGUCGCCACCAAUAACCGCCUGUACUUCACGUCGAACCAGUACUGGCUUCAGCCAUCAUUGAACAACGGCACCGAGUAUCGUGUCCGUCCAUGGGGCAUCUUCAGUGUGCCGAUUAGUGCUGGGAAGGUUAUAUUGACAUAAGGGUCGACGAGUGUGCAUUUAUGUCAUAGGGACAUCUGUUCCGCGGACUACGUCGCGUAUCCCGUUGUACUUUGCGAACACUUCGGUUUCUCACC